AUGGAAAUAAUAAAGUCUAAAGUAGAGGCCGAUUUUGGAAAAAUAAGUAAAGAAGCAAAGGAAGAGAGGGUUGAAUUGAACCAUGUGUUGGGAAAUAUUGAAAGACAAUCAAGGGAUCUUGCACUUGCUCAAGAAAAAUUGAAUAAUGAAAGAAGGGAGAUGGAAGCACUGUUGUUUGAAUAUGAAAAGAAACACAGGGAAAAUCAAAAGAUAAUCCGAAAAAACAGAUGUAAAGAGCAAAAAGUACAACAGUUGUGGAUUGAGGGAGAAAGGAAAAGUAUGAAUGCUCAAGAGCAAGAAAAUUGUAAGGAAGUUGAGUUUGAAAGGCUACAAGAGAAACUGGAAAUGCACAAGAACAGUGGGAGAGAAGAACUGGAAAGUUUGACGGAAGGUCUCAACAAUAAGAAAGAAGAGUUUGAAGCUGAUAUGACCACCAUCAGGGAAGAGAGAGAACAACUCAGUCGGAUGGAGAACAAUUUGGAGAGGCUACGAGAAAUGCUUUCCAAUGAAAAACAGGAACUAGAUGGACAAAGGGCUGUGCUGAAACAGAAAGAUGAUGAACUGAUGAAUCAAAUGAAACCGAUAGAAAUGCUGAGAGUCAAACUUCAACAGCUGAAUGAAAAGAUGUGUGUAGACCUGAAUAACCAAAUGGACAGUUUGCAGCAAAAAAAUGAAGAUCUGCAGACGCUUUACACUGAACUGGAAGGGAAGCUUGAAGGACUCACCAAACAGAAAGAAAACAUGUCUGGUUACACCGAGCUGUUGGAGAGAGAAAAGCAAGCCUUGUUAACGCUUGUGUCAGACAUGAAUCUCCAGGAACAAGUCAAAGAAAACCAAUGGCAGCAAAUGUUUGAGGUGGAAAGGCAUGAUCUUCACAAACUAAAGGCAGAGCUGGAGAAAGAGAGGGAGGAUCUGGAUGAAGCAAAAAAGAUGUUGAUUAAAGACAGACAGAACUUGGAGCUAACUAAAUGUGACAUCCAGAAACAAAAUGGCAUUUUGGAAGAAGAGAAACACAAGUUGAAAGAGGAAAGAGACACUUUGGAAAUAACUAAGGCUGAGAUACACAAGAAGCAAGAACAUGCAGAUAGUCUGUUUGAUGAGAUAAACAGACAGAAAACUCAGAUUAAAGACAUGACCCUUCAGCUAAAGUCAGAAAGAGAACAAAUGGAAAACAUCAUGAACUCGAUCACCUUGAAACAAAAAGAACAAGAGCGUAAGGAAGUUGAGCUUGAAGGGCUACAAGAGAAACUGGAAAUGCACAAGAACAGUGUAAUGUCAGAAAGAGAUGAACUGGAAAAUUUGAAGGAAGGUCUCAACAAGAAGAAAGAAGGGUUUGAAGCUGAUAUGACCACCAUCAGGGAAGAGAGAGAACAACUCAGUUGGAUGAAGACCAAUCUGGAGAGGCUACGAGAAAUGCUUUCCAAUGAAAAACAGGAACUAGAUGGACAAAGGGCUGUGCUGAAACAGAAAGAUGAUGAACUGAUGAAUCAAAUGAAACCGAUAGAAAUGCUGAGAGUCAAACUUCAACAGCUGAAUGAAAAGAUGUGUGUAGACCUGAAUAACCAAAUGGACAGUUUGCAGCAAAAAAAUGAAGAUCUGCAGACGCUUUACACUGAACUGGAAGGGAAGCUUGAAGGACUCACCAAACAGAAAGAAAACAUGUCUGGUUACACCGAGCUGUUGGAGAGAGAAAAGCAAGCCUUGUUAACGCUUGUGUCAGACAUGAAUCUCCAGGAACAAGUCAAAGAAAACCAAUGGCAGCAAAUGUUUGAGGUGGAAAGGCAUGAUCUUCACAAACUAAAGGCAGAGCUGGAGAAAGAGAGGGAGGAUCUGGAUGAAGCAAAAAAGAUGUUGAUUAAAGACAGACAGAACUUGGAGCUAACUAAAUGUGACAUCCAGAAACAAAAUGGCAUUUUGGAAGAAGAGAAACACAAGUUGAAAGAGGAAAGAGACACUUUGGAAAUAACUAAGGCUGAGAUACACAAGAAGCAAGAACAUGCAGAUAGUCUGUUUGAUGAGAUAAACAGACAGAAAACUCAGAUUAAAGACAUGACCCUUCAGCUAAAGUCAGAAAGAGAACAAAUGGAAAACAUCAUGAACUCGAUCACCUUGAAACAAAAAGAACAAGAGCGUAAGGAAGUUGAGCUUGAAGGGCUACAAGAGAAACUGGAAAUGCACAAGAACAGUGUAAUGUCAGAAAGAGAUGAACUGGAAAAUUUGAAGGAAGGUCUCAACAAGAAGAAAGAAGGGUUUGAAGCUGAUAUGACCACCAUCAGGGAAGAGAGAGAACAACUCAGUUGGAUGAAGACCAAUCUGGAGAGGCUACGAGAAAUGCUUUCCAAUGAAAAACAGGAACUAGAUGGACAAAGGGCUGUGCUGAAACAGAAAGAUGAUGAACUGAUGAAUCAAAUGAAACCGAUAGAAAUGCUGAGAGUCAAACUUCAACAGCUGAAUGAAAAGAUGUGUGUAGACCUGAAUAACCAAAUGGACAGUUUGCAGCAAAAAAAUGAAGAUCUGCAGACGCUUUACACUGAACUGGAAGGGAAGCUUGAAGGACUCACCAAACAGAAAGAAAACAUGUCUGGUUACACCGAGCUGUUGGAGAGAGAAAAGCAAGCCUUGUUAACGCUUGUGUCAGACAUGAAUCUCCAGGAACAAGUCAAAGAAAACCAAUGGCAGCAAAUGUUUGAGGUGGAAAGGCAUGAUCUUCACAAACUAAAGGCAGAGCUGGAGAAAGAGAGGGAGGAUCUGGAUGAAGCAAAAAAGAUGUUGAUUAAAGACAGACAGAACUUGGAGCUAACUAAAUGUGACAUCCAGAAACAAAAUGGCAUUUUGGAAGAAGAGAAACACAAGCUGAAAGAGGAAAGAGACACUUUGGAAAUAACUAAGGCUGAGAUACACAAGAAGCAAGAACAUGCAGAUAGUCUGUUUGAUGAGAUAAACAGACAGAAAACUCAGAUUAAAGACAUGACCCUUCAGCUAAAGUCAGAAAGAGAACAAAUGGAAAACAUCAUGAACUCGAUCACCUUGAAACAAAAAGAACAAGAGCGUAAGGAAGUUGAGCUUGAAGGGCUACAAGAGAAACUGGAAAUGCACAAGAACAGUGUAAUGUCAGAAAGAGAUGAACUGGAAAAUUUGAAGGAAGGUCUCAACAAGAAGAAAGAAGGGUUUGAAGCUGAUAUGACCACCAUCAGGGAAGAGAGAGAACAACUCAGUUGGAUGAAGACCAAUCUGGAGAGGCUACGAGAAAUGCUUUCCAAUGAAAAACAGGAACUAGAUGGACAAAGGGCUGUGCUGAAACAGAAAGAUGAUGAACUGAUGAAUCAAAUGAAACCGAUAGAAAUGCUGAGAGUCAAACUUCAACAGCUGAAUGAAAAGAUGUGUGUAGACCUGAAUAACCAAAUGGACAGUUUGCAGCAAAAAAAUGAAGAUCUGCAGACGCUUUACACUGAACUGGAAGGGAAGCUUGAAGGACUCACCAAACAGAAAGAAAACAUGUCUGGUUACACCGAGCUGUUGGAGAGAGAAAAGCAAGCCUUGUUAACGCUUGUGUCAGACAUGAAUCUCCAGGAACAAGUCAAAGAAAACCAAUGGCAGCAAAUGUUUGAGGUGGAAAGGCAUGAUCUUCACAAACUAAAGGCAGAGCUGGAGAAAGAGAGGGAGGAUCUGGAUGAAGCAAAAAAGAUGUUGAUUAAAGACAGACAGAACUUGGAGCUAACUAAAUGUGACAUCCAGAAACAAAAUGGCAUUUUGGAAGAAGAGAAACACAAGCUGAAAGAGGAAAGAGACACUUUGGAAAUAACUAAGGCUGAGAUACACAAGAAGCAAGAACAUGCAGAUAGUCUGUUUGAUGAGAUAAACAGACAGAAAACUCAGAUUAAAGACAUGACCCUUCAGCUAAAGUCAGAAAGAGAACAAAUGGAAAACAUCAUGAACUCGAUCACCUUGAAACAAAAAGAACAAGAGCGUAAGGAAGUUGAGCUUGAAGGGCUACAAGAGAAACUGGAAAUGCACAAGAACAGUGUAAUGUCAGAAAGAGAUGAACUGGAAAAUUUGAAGGAAGGUCUCAACAAGAAGAAAGAAGGGUUUGAAGCUGAUAUGACCACCAUCAGGGAAGAGAGAGAACAACUCAGUUGGAUGAAGACCAAUCUGGAGAGGCUACGAGAAAUGCUUUCCAAUGAAAAACAGGAACUAGAUGGACAAAGGGCUGUGCUGAAACAGAAAGAUGAUGAACUGAUGAAUCAAAUGAAACCGAUAGAAAUGCUGAGAGUCAAACUUCAACAGCUGAAUGAAAAGAUGUGUGUAGACCUGAAUAACCAAAUGGACAGUUUGCAGCAAAAAAAUGAAGAUCUGCAGACGCUUUACACUGAACUGGAAGGGAAGCUUGAAGGACUCACCAAACAGAAAGAAAACAUGUCUGGUUACACCGAGCUGUUGGAGAGAGAAAAGCAAGCCUUGUUAACGCUUGUGUCAGACAUGAAUCUCCAGGAACAAGUCAAAGAAAACCAAUGGCAGCAAAUGUUUGAGGUGGAAAGGCAUGAUCUUCACAAACUAAAGGCAGAGCUGGAGAAAGAGAGGGAGGAUCUGGAUGAAGCAAAAAAGAUGUUGAUUAAAGACAGACAGAACUUGGAGCUAACUAAAUGUGACAUCCAGAAACAAAAUGGCAUUUUGGAAGAAGAGAAACACAAGCUGAAAGAGGAAAGAGACACUUUGGAAAUAACUAAGGCUGAGAUACACAAGAAGCAAGAACAUGCAGAUAGUCUGUUUGAUGAGAUAAACAGACAGAAAACUCAGAUUAAAGACAUGACCCUUCAGCUAAAGUCAGAAAGAGAACAAAUGGAAAACAUCAUGAACUCGAUCACCUUGAAACAAAAAGAACAAGAGCGUAAGGAAGUUGAGCUUGAAGGGCUACAAGAGAAACUGGAAAUGCACAAGAACAGUGUAAUGUCAGAAAGAGAUGAACUGGAAAAUUUGAAGGAAGGUCUCAACAAGAAGAAAGAAGGGUUUGAAGCUGAUAUGACCACCAUCAGGGAAGAGAGAGAACAACUCAGUUGGAUGAAGACCAAUCUGGAGAGGCUACGAGAAAUGCUUUCCAAUGAAAAACAGGAACUAGAUGGACAAAGGGCUGUGCUGAAACAGAAAGAUGAUGAACUGAUGAAUCAAAUGAAACCGAUAGAAAUGCUGAGAGUCAAACUUCAACAGCUGAAUGAAAAGAUGUGUGUAGACCUGAAUAACCAAAUGGACAGUUUGCAGCAAAAAAAUGAAGAUCUGCAGACGCUUUACACUGAACUGGAAGGGAAGCUUGAAGGACUCACCAAACAGAAAGAAAACAUGUCUGGUUACACCGAGCUGUUGGAGAGAGAAAAGCAAGCCUUGUUAACGCUUGUGUCAGACAUGAAUCUCCAGGAACAAGUCAAAGAAAACCAAUGGCAGCAAAUGUUUGAGGUGGAAAGGCAUGAUCUUCACAAACUAAAGGCAGAGCUGGAGAAAGAGAGGGAGGAUCUGGAUGAAGCAAAAAAGAUGUUGAUUAAAGACAGACAGAACUUGGAGCUAACUAAAUGUGACAUCCAGAAACAAAAUGGCAUUUUGGAAGAAGAGAAACACAAGCUGAAAGAGGAAAGAGACACUUUGGAAAUAACUAAGGCUGAGAUACACAAGAAGCAAGAACAUGCAGAUAGUCUGUUUGAUGAGAUAAACAGACAGAAAACUCAGAUUAAAGACAUGACCCUUCAGCUAAAGUCAGAAAGAGAACAAAUGGAAAACAUCAUGAACUCGAUCACCUUGAAACAAAAAGAACAAGAGCGUAAGGAAGUUGAGCUUGAAGGGCUACAAGAGAAACUGGAAAUGCACAAGAACAGUGUAAUGUCAGAAAGAGAUGAACUGGAAAAUUUGAAGGAAGGUCUCAACAAGAAGAAAGAAGGGUUUGAAGCUGAUAUGACCACCAUCAGGGAAGAGAGAGAACAACUCAGUUGGAUGAAGACCAAUCUGGAGAGGCUACGAGAAAUGCUUUCCAAUGAAAAACAGGAACUAGAUGGACAAAGGGCUGUGCUGAAACAGAAAGAUGAUGAACUGAUGAAUCAAAUGAAACCGAUAGAAAUGCUGAGAGUCAAACUUCAACAGCUGAAUGAAAAGAUGUGUGUAGACCUGAAUAACCAAAUGGACAGUUUGCAGCAAAAAAAUGAAGAUCUGCAGACGCUUUACACUGAACUGGAAGGGAAGCUUGAAGGACUCACCAAACAGAAAGAAAACAUGUCUGGUUACACCGAGCUGUUGGAGAGAGAAAAGCAAGCCUUGUUAACGCUUGUGUCAGACAUGAAUCUCCAGGAACAAGUCAAAGAAAACCAAUGGCAGCAAAUGUUUGAGGUGGAAAGGCAUGAUCUUCACAAACUAAAGGCAGAGCUGGAGAAAGAGAGGGAGGAUCUGGAUGAAGCAAAAAAGAUGUUGAUUAAAGACAGACAGAACUUGGAGCUAACUAAAUGUGACAUCCAGAAACAAAAUGGCAUUUUGGAAGAAGAGAAACACAAGCUGAAAGAGGAAAGAGACACUUUGGAAAUAACUAAGGCUGAGAUACACAAGAAGCAAGAACAUGCAGAUAGUCUGUUUGAUGAGAUAAACAGACAGAAAACUCAGAUUAAAGACAUGACCCUUCAGCUAAAGUCAGAAAGAGAACAAAUGGAAAACAUCAUGAACUCGAUCACCUUGAAACAAAAAGAACAAGAGCGUAAGGAAGUUGAGCUUGAAGGGCUACAAGAGAAACUGGAAAUGCACAAGAACAGUGUAAUGUCAGAAAGAGAUGAACUGGAAAAUUUGAAGGAAGGUCUCAACAAGAAGAAAGAAGGGUUUGAAGCUGAUAUGACCACCAUCAGGGAAGAGAGAGAACAACUCAGUUGGAUGAAGACCAAUCUGGAGAGGCUACGAGAAAUGCUUUCCAAUGAAAAACAGGAACUAGAUGGACAAAGGGCUGUGCUGAAACAGAAAGAUGAUGAACUGAUGAAUCAAAUGAAACCGAUAGAAAUGCUGAGAGUCAAACUUCAACAGCUGAAUGAAAAGAUGUGUGUAGACCUGAAUAACCAAAUGGACAGUUUGCAGCAAAAAAAUGAAGAUCUGCAGACGCUUUACACUGAACUGGAAGGGAAGCUUGAAGGACUCACCAAACAGAAAGAAAACAUGUCUGGUUACACCGAGCUGUUGGAGAGAGAAAAGCAAGCCUUGUUAACGCUUGUGUCAGACAUGAAUCUCCAGGAACAAGUCAAAGAAAACCAAUGGCAGCAAAUGUUUGAGGUGGAAAGGCAUGAUCUUCACAAACUAAAGGCAGAGCUGGAGAAAGAG